CGCAGAAUGGCGCUGGAGGCGCUUUCCAGCUUCGAGGAGUGGCUUGAGAAGCAUGGGGCGGAGCUGCGAGGUGCGCACAUCCGCCUCAGUGCAGACAACCCCGAGUGGGGCCUGGGAGUGUACACGGCCCAGCACGAGCCCAGCGCUGACGAUGGGGUGCUGUGCCGCAUCCCCCUCGCUGGCCUGGCCUUGACCGUCCAGACGUGCCUGGAGGACCCGCAGCUGGGCGACUUCUUUGGGGGCCUAUUGGCUGAGGGGGAGGGCGACGGGCGGCUGUGCCUCAUGCUCUUUCUCGUGGUGCACAAGGCACUCGGCCCGCGCUCCGCCUGGGCGCCGUAUCCACACAUCCCGCGCUUUGUGUGGAUAUGGGUGCGGGGUAUGGGCCUUAUUCGGUCGCUCUUUGAGAACACCAACGUAGUAGAGAGUAUGUGACCCACUGCAGCCCCCACACCACAGCCCUGCAAGCCAUGAGCUCUUGCAAUCACGUGCCGGGGGCGAUCACGCUUAGGGCCCCUUGCCCCGAGUAGCCGUUUACUCGUGCCCCCUUGACCACAUUCACCUAUCAGCUACUUGGCGGUGCUCCCGCGUCCGCGCGAGUGCCCUGUCCCGCUCACCUGGACGGACCACGAGCUGCAGGCGCUGCGCGGGACUCCCCUCCUGGCCGCCACCCUGAGCAUGCGGCGCCAGCUGCAGGCGUUGUGGGACAGCAAGGUGCAGGCCCUGCUGCACGCCGCCUUCCAGCGAGUGGGCGUCAGCGCAGCCCCCUCCUGGCACGACUGGGUGUGGAGCCACGUGGUGGUGUGGAGCAGGCUGCUCGAGUGGCCUGCCCCGACCCCGGACGGCACCCCUGACGACAACAUGCAGGAGGGGCUGCUGCCGUUCAUCGACUUCUGCAACCAUGCCUCUGCCUCCCCUGUUGUGCGGGUGGCAGUUGAUGACGCCAUGGUGCUGGUCGCAGCAGCGCCGCUGCCCCCUGCGACGCAGGUGUGCAUCUCCUACGGAGAUAAGAGCAACGAGGAGUUGUUGUUCCUGUACGGCUUCG